CUACCGAACCUACAAGAAGUACGGACCCUACACAACUUGCAAGAAAGACGGAGAAGGGGGAGCCUGGGGAAAUGAGGUUUACCUCAUCUCAGAUGUUGUCAGGGCAAACAAAGCAGAAAAAUGCCAGGAGGAAAAUGGGGUGUCCUACCGAGGAACAGUUUCUGUGACCAGAUCAGGAAAGACGUGCCAGCACUGGGCCAGCCAGACGCCACAGAAGCACGACAGCACACCUGACAAACAUCCGUUAUCUGGUCUGGAUGGGAACUACUGCCGGAAUCCCAUGGGAGCCCGCCAAGGUGUCUGGUGCUACACCACGGAUCCCAGCACGCCAUGGGAGGAGUGUGCCGUGCCAGUCUGCGCUGGUCCGGAGUACAUAAGCCUGGGUUGUUGGAAAGACACCGGCAAUCGAGCCAUCGCCGAACUGGAGAAAACAGACGAACGGCUGGACGGGACUUACACCGCCCGCGAGAACGCCAUCGAGAAGUGCUACCAGGUUGCCAAGUCUCGCGGGUUCUUCAUCUUUGCUGUCCAAAAUGGCGGCUGGUGCGCCGGCGCAGGGACUGGUAGUGCUCUCGUCAACUACCGGAAGUACGGGCCCUCGGCAUCAUGUAAGAAAGAUGGAGAAGGAGGUCCUUGGGCGAAUGAAGUCUAUCUGAUAACAGGUGCCACCAAAAUAGUGCCUCAAGGAUUUGUUCCCAAGCCGUACUUCAGCAUCGGCUGUUGGAAGGACACCGGAAACCGCGCCAUUCCUACUCUGGAGGGGAAAGACGCACGUUUGGACGGCAGCUAUGCCGCACGCGCCAACGCCAUCGAAAAGUGCUACCAGGUAGCCAAGUCGCUUGGCUACCGAGCCUUUGCGGUCCAAAAUGGCGGCUGGUGUGCCGGAUCGGCUACAGCCCACAAAACCUACAACAAGUACGGACCCUAUUCCACCUGCCAGCAUGACGGGGAAGGGGGAGCCUGGGGAAAUGAGGUUUAUCUCAUCUCAGAUGUUGUCAGGGCAAACAAAGCAGAAAAAUGCCAGGAGGAAAAUGGAGUGUCCUACCGAGGAACAGUUUCUGUGACCAGAUCAGGAAAGACGUGCCAGCACUGGGCCAGCCAGACGCCCCAGAAGCACGACAGCACACCUGACAAACAUCCGUUAUCUGGUCUGGAUGGGAACUACUGCCGGAAUCCCGUGGGAGCCCGCCAAGGUGUCUGGUGCUACACCACGGAUCCCAGCACGCCAUGGGAGGAGUGUGCCGUGCCAGUCUGCGCUGGUCCGGAGUACAUAAGCCUGGGUUGUUGGAAAGACACCGGCAAUCGAGCCAUCGCCGAACUGGAGAAAACAGACGAACGGCUGGACGGGACUUACACCGCCCGCGAGAACGCCAUCGAGAAGUGCUACCAGGUUGCCAAGUCUCGCGGGUUCUUCAUCUUUGCUGUCCAAAAUGGCGGCUGGUGCGCCGGCGCAGGGACUGGAAGUGCUCUCGUCAACUACCGGAAGUACGGGCCCUCGGCAUCAUGUAAGAAAGAUGGAGAAGGAGGUCCCUGGGCGAAUGAAGUCUAUCUGAUAACAGGUGCCACCAAAAUAGUGCCUCAAGGAUUUGUUCCCAAGCCGUACUUCAGCAUUGGCUGUUGGAAGGACACCGGAAACCGCGCCAUUCCUACUCUGGAGGGGAAAGACGCACGUUUGGACGGCAGCUAUACUGCACGCGCCAACGCCAUCGAAAAGUGCUACCAGGUGGCCAAGUCGCUUGGCUACCGAGCCUUUGCGGUCCAAAAUGGCGGCUGGUGUGCCGGAUCGGCUACAGCCCACAAAACCUACAACAAGUACGGACCCUACUCCACCUGCCAGCACGACGGGGAAGGGGGAGCCUGGGGAAAUGAGGUUUAUCUCAUCUCAGGUAUGUUCAUCCCCAACAAAGGAGGUGGAGAGGUUGCAAAGAUCCAAGGUCCGAAGUACCUCAGGCUGGGUUGUUGGAAAGACAGCAGCAAUCGAGGCAUCACCACACUGGAGAAAACAGACGAACGGCUGGACGGGACUUACAGCGCCCGUGCUGACGCCAUCGAGAAGUGCUACCAGGUGGCCAAGUCUCGCGGGUUCUCCGUUUUCGCUGUCCAAAAUGGCGGUGAAUGUUUCGGCUCAGCUACUGCUCUCGGCACCUACAAGAAGUACGGACCUUCGUCAUCAUGUCAGAAAGAUGGAGAAGGAGGAGGCUGGGCGAACGAAGUCUAUCUGAUAAAAACAGGAGCUCCCAUUGCUUUGCCCAAGGGAUACGUUCCCAAGCCGUACAUCAGUAUUGGCUGUUGGAGAGACUCGGGAAGUCGCGCCAUUCCUACUCUGGAGGGGAAAGACAAACUUUUAGACGGCAGCUACACCACACGUGCCGGCGCCAUCGACAAGUGCUACCAGGUGGCCAAGUCACGUGGCUAUCGUAUCUUUGCGGUCCAAAAUGGCGGCUGGUGUGCCGGAUCUGCCGACGCCUACAGAACCUACAAGAAGUACGGACCCUACACAACUUGCGGGAAGGACGGAGAAGGGGGAGCCUGGGGAAAUGAGGUUUACCUCAUCUCAGGUAGAUAG